GUAUAUUUAAAAAUUCUUUAAAAUGUCUUUGAAAGUAGAUAAGUUUGUAAAGACCUAUAAGUCGAUAUCACGAAUACCCGCAGUAGUUGGAGGUACAAUCAGAUCAAAUGGAAUAAUAAGUACUCAGUGGAGUCAAAGAAAUCUGGAGAAAGGUAAAAGCACUGAAUUCACGAAAGAAUUCUUUACUACGAAUUUCAAAAAGACUGCCGAAUCUAUGCCAAUUGAUGUUGGAACAGAAAUCAUUUCAAGACUAUCAAAAUCUGAAAAAUUUAGAGCUGUUCUUCGAGACUAUGAUAGCAAGCAAUUUUUAGAAAUAUGGCAAGGGCACAACCUGAUUAGAUCUGUAGAUUUAAAUACUUUGGAUGCUCAUGGAUCCGUAUAUACUGACGGAGAAUUUUCGUCGUUUGAGUGGUCACCUGAUGAAAAAAAGGUUUUAUAUGUUGCCGAAAAAAAGAAAGUUAAAUCCGAACCAUUUUAUAAACGAAAAGGAGCUACAACUACCAAUGAAUCAGGCAAUGGAAGUGGGGAGGAAAAGCCAAAAGGUGAAGAAAAUCUAUUUAUUCAAGAUUGGGGAGAACAACUAGUAGGUAAAAAGGUGUCCAUAAUAGCGCAGUAUAAUGUGGAAAGUGAUUCGGUGGAGAUACUAAACGGUAUUCCGAACGAUCUUUUUGUUGGUCAACCAAAGUACUCUCCAGAUGGAUCUUAUAUUAUUGGAGUUGUGUAUGAGUUAGAGCCAAGGAAAUUAGGAAUUAUGUUCUGCGCUAAUAGACCUAGUACAAUCUUCACUUUGGAUUUUGUUGGUAAUUUCGUUACUUUACACCUCCCCGGAAAAGCUGUGAAAUCUCCAAUAUUUUCUCCCAAGGGCGACUAUGUUUUAUGGCUUCAACGAAACUCGGGUGGACCUCACGCCAGUGCGAUGGAAUUAGUUAAGGCUAGCGUUCCUUUGAAUGAAAAUACAGUCCCUAAGGUCGUAAUUGAUAUUGUGGACACCGAGAAAAAGAUAGAAGGUGGUAAAUUGUUUUACGGUUUAUACAACACAGGAUUUUUUAGAAGACCAUGGGCGAGCAAUGACCGACUAAUCGUUAAUACUAACCAAAAGUAUACAAUAAAUUCCUAUGUUGUAAAUAUUAAUACUGGCUCAUUAACACAACUGGAAUAUAAUGAUGGCAGUUUAAGGGUACUGGACGUUCAUGAAGAUACAGUUCUUGCUGUCUGUAGACAUUUUCUAAAACCCGAUAAAAUCGUACUGGGUAAAUUGCCUGGACCAAACCAAGACGCUAGUAUUGUCUGGGAGGAACUUACAACUAGCGAAACCAUACCUGGCCUAGAAAACUCGAAGUAUGAAUAUUUGGAUCUUAAAGCUCCAGAAGGUGAUUUUAAAGACUUCAAUGCUAUUUAUAUCGGCCCCAAAAGUGGUAGCAAUCAUUCUGUCCCCCUGAUAGUUUGGCCUCACGGAGGACCUCAUUCUGUCUUUGGAAACUACUUGUUUUUGGAAGAAGCUAUGUAUUUGCUACACGGUUUUGCAGUGCUAUUAAUCAAUUUCAGAGGUUCUUUGGGUUCUGGACAAAAAAGUGUUGACUUCCUACCAGGUAAAGUUGGAACAGCCGACGUUAAAGACUGCAUCCAAGCCACCGACGAAGCACUAGCCCGAUACCCUUGGUUGAAUCCUAAACAGUUAGCAUUGGCUGGUGGUUCGCACGGUGGAUUUUUAGUUGCCCAUCUUAGUGGACAGUAUCCUGAUAAAUAUAAGGUUGUUGUUGCAAGAAAUCCGGUGAUAGAUGUUGCUGCUAUGAGUAUUACUUCAGACAUACCUGACUGGUGUUUCGUUGAAGCAGGAAAGGAGUAUACUCAAAAGGGAGAGAUUGAUAAUGAUGCACUUACUUUUAUGCGUCAAGUUUCUCCUAUUGUUCAUAUGCACAAAGUAAAAGCUCCCACUUUACUUCAAAUUGGUUCAAAAGAUUUGAGAGUACCACCGCAACAAGGUAUAGAGUACUAUUUGCGACUUCAGGCAAAUGGUGUAAAUGCAAGAAUGAAUUUAUACGAAGACAAUCAUCCACUGGGAAGUGUUCCAAAUGAAUUUGAUAACCUAAUAAAUUCGAUGAUUUGGAUUGAAAAGCAUUUGGGCAUUGAGGAUUAAGACUAUAUUAAUUUCAUAUAUUUGAUUUUUUUCUAAAAGUGUGUUUUGCUAUUUUAAGAAUAAAUUUUGUGCAUAA